AUGUCGUACACCAUCGCCGGCACCAAGAUCCUCAACGAGUACCUCGUCCUCGGCGUCCUCGGCACCUACGCCGCCAUCGGCUACUCCAAGAUGGCCGGCGGAAGCAGCCAGCCCAGCCCCGCCGGCGGCGCCUCGCCCGACUCCAAGAAGGCCGCUGCCCCCGAGCCCCCGAUCAACGCCAGCAGCUCCGACGAGGAGGCCUUCAUCAAGCAGUUCCUCGCCGAGGCCGAGGGAAACGGUGACCGUCUCGUCUAG